AUGUCUAUCCCGAAACAGGCAUGGAAAGUUGAGGUGACAUUGAAUAGCUAUCAUAAUUUGACAACUGUGUGGGACUUCAAUAACUGCAGCUAUGGUUUUCUAGCUGAAGAAAGUGCAUUCACUUUCUCCGCAAGUAGUCUUUCCAACCUGAGGAAUGUGAAAGAGCUUCCAAUGGUGGUUGACUGGACAGUUGGAGAAGAAACUUGUGAGGAGGCUCGAAAUAACGUUUCUAGUUAUGCAUGUAAAAGUGAGAAGUCCAAGUGUUAUGAACGCGAUAAUGGUUAUGGGUAUCGUUGUCGUUGCCAGGACGGUUAUGAAGGAAAUCCAUACCUUGAUGAUGGCUGUAAAGACAUUGAUGAAUGUAAGGAUCAAAGUCUCAAUAAAUGUGAAAAGAAAUGUGAGAACACACCAGGGCGGUUUAAGUGUGUUUGCCCGAAAGGCUACCAUGGAGAUGGUAAAAAAGAUGGACAAGGUUGCAUGCGUGGUCAAUUACUUGUCUUCAAAGUUGCUACAGGGAUUUCUCUAGGAAUCACUCUUAUUGUGCUUGCUAUCUGGUGGUUAUGCUCCGUACUCCAGGAAAAAAAGUUGGUCAAGAUGAAGCGCACAUUCUUUCUUCGAAAUGGUGGACAAUUGUUGCAAGAAAAACUCACCCGAAGAGAACAGUCGCCAGAUGGAGCAGAACUAUUCACUUCUACUGAGCUCAAGAAGGCAACAAAUGACUUCCAUGAUAGUAGAAUUGUUGGUCAAGGAGGCUUUGGCACUGUAUACAAAGGCUUCUUAUCAGAUAACAGAAUAGUUGCCAUAAAAAGGUCCAAAGAAGUUGAUCCAAACCAAGUAGAGCAAUUUAUCAAUGAAGGGAUGAUGAAGGAGCUUCGGGGGACCUAUGCGAGUGGGAAAACGAAGAGUUACGAGUGGAGAGUAACCCAGUUGAGGGCUCUGUUGAAAAUAGCCGAUCACCAUGAGAAAGAGAUAACUGAAGCUCUCCGUUCGGACCUUAAUAAACACGAACACGAAUCUUUUGUGUACGAGAUUGCUAUGAUGAAAUCAUCAUGCCAGCUUGCAUUGAAGCAACUAAAGAAAUGGAUGAAACCAGAAAAGGUGAAAACCUCGUUAACCACUUUCCCCUCAUCGGGGGAAAUAGUUUCAGAACCAUUGGGUGUUACAUUGGUCAUAUCGGCUUGGAACUAUCCUUUCCUAUUAUCUCUUGAUCCAGUCAUUGGAGCUAUUACAGCUGGUAAUGCUGUAGUUUUGAAACCAUCAGAAAUCUCCCCCGCCACAUCUGCGGUGCUUUCAAAACUUUUAGGAGAGUAUAUGGAUACCUCUGCGGUAAAAGUUGUUGAGGGUGCUGUACCUGAAACAACUGCAUUACUUGAGCAAAAGUGGGAUAAAAUAUUUUAUACAGGAAAUGGCAAGGUAGGACGCAUUGUGUUGGCUGCUGCUGCAAAGCAUCUUACACCAGUAAUUUUGGAGCUUGGUGGCAAAUCUCCUGUAGUUGUUGACAAAAACAUCAACUUAAAAGUUGCUGCAAGACGGAUUAUUGCAGGCAAGUGGGGCUGCAAUAGUGGACAAGCUUGUGUUUCUCCCGAUUAUUUGAUAACCACAAAAGAUUAUGCUUCUCAGUUGGUAGAUGCUCUGAAAUCUGAACUAGAGGUAUUCUAUGGAAAGGAUCCUCUAAAAUCAGAAGACCUGUCACGCAUAGUGAAUUCCAACCACUUUAACCGCUUAACCAAUUUAUUGGACGACGAUAAGGUUUCUGGAAAGAUAGUUCAUGGAGGCCAACGGGAUGAAGCCAAUCUAAAAAUUGCUCCCACUAUUAUGUUGGAAGUCCCAGGAGAUUCUCUGGUCAUGAAUGAGGAGAUAUUUGGUCCUUUAUUUCCUAUCUUGACGGUCUACAAAAUUGAAGACAGUAUCGAAAUGAUUAAUGCUAGAGAGAAGCCACUUUCUGCAUAUUUAUUUACGAAUGACAAAAAGCUUAAGGAGGAGUUCAUAAGAAACGUCUCAGCAGGGGGGUUGCUCGUCAAUGACACUAUUCUACAUCUUGCUGAGCAUUCUUUGCCAUUUGGAGGAGUCGGGGAAAGUGGAAUGGGAGCCUACCACGGGAAAUUCUCAUUCGACGCUUUCAGCCACAAGAAGGCAGUGUUACAGCGUAGUUUUGCCGGGGAUAUUCCUGCAAGAUACCCACCAUACACUCCUGGGAAGCUGAGAUUUCUUAAGGCAUUGUUAAAUGGUGAUGUAGUCGGCCUUAUUCGGGCUCUGAUUGGUUGGUAA